GUGCGCAUGCGCAGUGUGCCGCGGCUGAACUCUGUUAUACAGGAGCUGCUCCGAGCGCACAGUGGAUUUUUCUCUACAUCUACUCCUAGAAGUGAAGUUGAAGGAUGAACCCUGUGAAAGUGGCAGUUGUUGGGGCAGGUGUGAUUGGGCUGUCUACAGCAGUGUGUCUAGCCAAGGCUCUCCCGUAUUGCUCUGUGAAAAUACUGGCUGAGAAGUUCUCUCCAGACACUACUAGCGAUGGAGCUGCUGGGAUCCUUCUACCUGAGGUGUUUCCAGAUAUCCCUCUGGAGCGUCAGCGGUAUUGGUUCAAGGAGACAUUUGAUCAUCUGCAGGCCCUUGUUGAAUCACCUGAGGCUCCAGAAGCAGGAGUGUACCUGAGCUCAGGAUACCACGUAUUCAAAGAUGUGCCUGCUGAUCCAAAACCCUACUGGUCUGAUUAUGUGUUUGGAUUCCGCUUCAUGACAGAUCGUGAGAUGAAAAGAUUUCCCAAUCAUAAAUUUGGUCAAGCUUUCACAUCAAUAAAGUGUGAAUGCCCAAGUUACCUGCCAUGGCUGGAGAAAAGGUUUAGAGAAACUGGAGGUCAGAUUAAAUGUGAGAAGGUGACUGAUCUUCAGCAGCUCAUCCCGCACUAUGAUGUCAUUAUGAACUGCUCAGGUGUUUGGUCCCAUCAGCUGGUGGGUGAUCAGGGGGUCUACCCAGUGCGAGGGCAGAUUCUCAAGCUUCAUGCUACUUGGCUGAAGAACUUCAUUCGGGAUGGAGAUGGAAAGACCUAUGUCUACCCUGGCAUUAACUAUGUCACUAUAGGGGGCACUCGGCAGAAGGAUGACUGGAGGCUGGAGUUGGAUAAGGGAGACAGCGAGAUGAUGAUGGAGCACUGCAGUCAGCUGGAGCCCUCUUUGAAGAAAGCUCAGGUAUUAGAGGAGUGGGUGGGUCUCAGGCCUGGCAGGAAGAAUCCACGUGUGGAGAGGGAGUGGCUGCAGGCUCAGGACCGCCAGUUGCUACUGGUGCAUAACUAUGGCCAUGGUGGCUGUGGUAUUAGUCUGAGCUGGGGCUCCGCACUGGAUGCAGUCGGGUUGGUGAAGAAGAGUCUGAAUGAGAAGCCACUUCACGCAAAACUGUGAAUGCACUUGUAUGGUAGUUUGCAAGUCGUGAUUGUCUCCAUCAUCACUGCCCAGUGACAGGUUAGUACACUGGCUAUAUACACUGCUCAAAAAAAUAAAGGGAACACUUAAACAACACAAUAUAACUCCAAGUAAAUCAAACUUCUGUAAAAUCAAACUGUCCACUUAGGAAGCAACACUGAUUGACAAUCAAUU